AUGAUGUGUCUUUUGUCUACACAGAAGGCAGCAGCAGCAACUUUAACGCUGCUGCGGCGGCUGCCAACGCCAGCAGCAGCAACAACAACUGCAGCAGCAGCAGCAACAACAGCAACAGCAGUAACUGCAGCAACAGCAGCAACAGCAGCAACAGCAGCAGCAGCAGCAGCAGCAGCAGGGACAGCAUUCCACUUUGACCUUCAAUUCAAAAGGGCCUUAGCGACGGCAACGGCUACAACGGAUGCUGCUGCAGCAACAUCUAUUGCAGCAGUAACAGCAGCAGCAGCAGCAGCAGCAACAGCAACAGAAACAGCACGGCCUCUGGAGCAGAAGCUCCUGUGGGGCCCAGCAUGGGGGCCCCUAAGCAGCAGAAUAUCAGGGCAAGCCCAAGGGCUGUCCCUCUGCAGCGACGUUUGUUUGUUUCGUAAGCUUCUAAACAUGCAGCAGCAGCAGCAGCAGCAACAGCAAGCACAGGACUAUCUGCAGCAACAAAGUUUUUGGUUUGAUAGGCCUCAGGGCUUCCUUGACAGCACUUUGCUGCAGCAGCAGAACCUGCUGCAGCAGCAGCAACAGCAGCAGACCCUAUGGACCCAUUCUCCCCGGACGCCUCCUCCUUCCCUGCAGCAUCAGCAGCAGCAUCAGCAGCAGCAUCAGCAGCAGCAUCAGCAGCAGCAGCAGCAGCAGCAGGGUCUGCUGCUGCGGCGUGAUCGUGGUGGUAAGUUAAAGACAAAGUUAAGGAGAACAGAGAGAAGACGAAGAAAAGCAGAGGCCCUAAAGAGACGUCUGGGGCCCCUCAACCCUAUGCAAAACUCAAAAGUACAGGGGGGCCCCCCUGGGGGGCCCCCUGGGGGGCCUCCUGGGGACCCUGGGGCCCCUGGGGGCCCCUUGGACUUAGGCGAUGUUUUGAUUGUACGCUAG